UCUCAUCUCAUUUUCAUUUUCUCUCUCUCUGUUUCUCCAGGUGGGGUUUUCAUCACAUUUCUGAUUUCUUUAGUUCCUCAAUUCAAUUAUUGGUGACCCAUUAGUUGUUCAAAAAGGGGGAAGCAUCUUUCCUUCUCUCUCUCUUUAAGUUUUGAAGGCAAUUGUUGAGUUUUUGUUUUGUAUAUACUCAAUUUGGAGUGAUACCCAGUUCGAUUUCAACACCCAUGUAGCGAUUUUCUUUGUUUUUUCACUUGAAAAUAACUCGAUUUCCCCCCAAUUGUUUCUUGUGUUCUUGAUUGUUUGUUCGAGAUGCCAAGGCCUGGGCCAAGACCAUUUGAAUGUGUGAAGAGAUCUUGGCACAGUGAUAGGCAUCAACCAAUUAGAGGUUCCAUCAUACAACAGAUUUUUAGGGUCGUACAAGAAAACCAUGCCCUUGGUACUAAAAAGAACAGAGAAUGGCAAGAGAAGCUUCCCCUGGUUGUGUUCAAAUCCGAAGAAAUCAUGUACUCCAAAGCCAAUUCUGAGGCCGAGUACGUAGACCCAGAAACAUUGUGGGAUCGUUUGAAUGAUGCCAUUGAUACCAUAAUCAGGAAAGAUGAGAGCAUGGAAACUGGUGAACUCUUACCCCCUUGUGUUGAAGCUGCCCUUAAUUUGGGCUGUGUCCCUGUAAGAUCAUCAAGAAGCCAAAGAAACAGUAAUACCAGAAGCUAUCUAACCCCAAGAAACCAAGAUUCUGGUCCCACACCAGCUAGAACCAUGCCCACUGCUACAAAUGCUCGAAAUCUUAACGUCCCAAAUGUUCAGAGACCCGAUGGCAUGGAUUGGACACAUACAUUUUCAGAAUCUAAUAAGGAUUUAAGACCGAAUUUUAAGGUUACCCCUUCUGGUUCCUCCUUUUAUCCCCCCUCAUUUGAAAAUUUGCCAAGAAAAAUGGUGUCUUUUGAGAAUAGAGCUUCUUCGAGUUAUCCGUUAUACCAUGGUUUCCAUUUUCAACCACGAGUACCCCAGAUGGGAUUUUGCAGUACUCACCACAACUCCAACAAUAUAAUUGUUGGCACCCCGGUUUUCCAGCCUUCUUUUCAAAAAGGUUGUUCUGAAAGAUUGUUCACGUUUGAUAGAGAUGACAACGGUUCAAAGAAAGAAACUCGACCCGAAUUGGCAGAAUGUGACUUGUCUCUCAGGUUGGGUCUUGUUUCAAGUAAUGGAAAAGAGUCGACUUGUGUCGAUGAUGUUGACUCGGGUUCAGGAAGUAAAGAAUUCUCUUUCUUUCCUUUGAAUUCAGAGGCUGAAGAAGUUCAGGAUUUGGUGACGGGUGUUAGGAAGCGAAAGACAGUAGGGGAACCGCAGCAGUUUUUGCAAUUAGAUCCUGAUUUCAACCAGAUAAAAGAACGAAUGAAAAGGCGAGGUUUGUAGAUAUCGAAUUAGUUUUGUUUCCUUAUGCAAUUCUUUGAAAUGAAAAAGAGAAAGAAAUCUUC